GUCGAAUCCGGUCGUAACGCGAAGCCGUUGCGGGCGGCCGGAGCAAUGGCGCCGACGACGCCGGGGUCGAGUUCCAGCAGCUCGGGGGGAGGCACGUCGGCGGUCGACAUCAUCACGUACGUCGGCAUCCCGCUGGCCGUGCUCGGGGUGGUGCCCACGCUGUACACGUGCUUCAAGUCCUUGAUCACGAUGCGCGACGUUCGCAAGGCGCUGCUGCAGAACCACGUCAGCGCGAUCACCCGCUCCUCGCUGCUGUCGGGCAUCGUCGAGGUCGAGAUGCAGCGCAAGUCGCUCUGCCCGCUCGACCGCGACGACCCGUCGUACUUCCAGCUGGGGUGGCGCGCCAGCCGGCUGCGCGGCGGCUCGUGGACGCAGCUGAACUGGCGCGAGCUCGCCAUCGGCGUCAAGUCGUAUCGGCUGCAGUACCACGACGAGCUGUGCCAGCCGCAGGCCGAGGUCGAGUUCGAGAAGCUCGUGGCGUUCCUGCUGGACUUGGGAGCGAUUCCCGACCCGCAGGGCUGGGAGGACCUGCGAAGCUCCGGCCUGUGGACGCCGGCCGGCACGAAGCUGAUGGUCAGCGCCGAGACGGGCGACGCGAUCCUGUACGUGACCACGAGCGAGGACUCGGACGGGAUUCUAAGCCUGGGCCUGUUCUGGAGGGCAGACUGGGCGAUGCGGCGCGUGGAGGAUCUCCCGCCGUACUGGAUGAGGCUAACGGCGCCCGUGGACAUGGACGGCAUCGGGCAGGGUCUCGCCAAGGAUGGCGAGGCGGAUGACGAAGGUCACGACGGCGACGACGACGACGACGACGACGACUGCUAUGGGCGUGAGUCGAGAUCAAGAGGCGACGACAAGGUCGAGGCCACGAGGUCGGACACGGACGAGACUCUGCGCGAAGACAACGCGCACAGUCAGCGGGCUGGCACUCAUCUGAGCCCAGAGGACGCCCAGAGGGUGAGCUUCCGCGCCCCUCACGGCCACAAGCGCACCUCCAGCAGAACGACGGCGCGCAGCUCCGUAUCGACGAUCAGCUUCCAGGCGUCCAAGACGAGCGCGAUCCGCAUUCGGCUCGGACCGUCCGGGCUCUCGGAGGCAUCGUACGAGGACCUGCUCUCGAAGAAGAUCAAGCUGCCGCAUCUGAUCCAGCCAAGCCACCACCCGCACGGGCUGUCGAGCGCAUCGUCUUCGUCUCCGUCGUCGUCGUCGCCGUCGUCGUCGGCGAGCAUGUGGUUCGCCUCGGCGGCCACGGCGUUCAGCUCGUCCGACCAAGGCUCGCUGUGGGCGUACACGAUCCCAGCCGGGGUCGUGUCGCUGAGCGUGCGCGACUCCGUCCCGGGCGGCGUGCUGGUGCUGCUGGGCCUCGUGGCCGAGGACGCCGUGCCGGCGUUCCGGGCGCCGCACGACGCCAAGCUGGCCGAGCACGAGGCGUGGGUCGCGCAGCAGAAGCGCAUGCAGCGGCAGAUGGAGCAGCUGCGCAUGACGCCCGAGGAGCGCGCGCGCGCCUUCCACAAGCAGGCCCAGGACGAGCACUACGAGCGCAUCGAGGCCGCGCGGCGCCGCGAGGUCGAGGCCGAGCGGAGGCGGGAGCAGGAUCUGCGCGAGGGCCUGGCGAGCCCGCGCGUCGGCGUCGGCGUGGUCGCCAAAGCGUGUGUCUCCUGGCUCGCGCGGGAGGCGAACGUCCCCGAGGCCGCUCAGCUCGCAGACGUCGUCGGCCGGAUCCUGUGGGAGAUGGUGCGCGACGUGCGCUUUGCCGAGGACUUGUCGCGCAUGCUGGACGCAUGGAAGGAGUGGUCGGAGGCCGGAGGGAUGACCAGGUCGCACUUCGAGGCCGUGAAGAGCAACAUGCUGUGUUUCGCCUACGCUGCAUGCGUCUUGUGCCUGAUCCGGGACACGGCUGGAUCGACAGCGGGAAGUGUGGUCAACGAUCUCCAGGAAUGUCUGAGAAUGUGGAGGAAAGUACGGUUAGGGUAGCUCCGGUGGGAUCGAUUGCUGUUCUAUUACAUGUACCAAUAGUAACAUCAUUAACAUUUGGCAUCGGACGGACGGUGUUUCCUAUGAACAAGGAUAAUUUACAGUCUGAG